AUGGUUACGGGUUACAGAUUAACAGAUUGCAGGUUACAGGUUACAGGUUACAGAUUAGUGGUUACAGGUUAUUUGUUAAUGGUUACAAGUUACUGGUUACAGGUUACCAGGUUACUGGUUAUUGAUUACACAUUACUGGUUCCAGAUUACUGGUUAGUAGUUACAAAUUACUUGUUACAGAUUAUUGGUUAUAGGUCACAGAUUAUUGGUUACGGGUUAUAG